CCCGCCCCUCGCUCGCCCUUCACGAGCACCUGCGCGCGUCCUCCUCUCAUAGCAGCCAAAUUUUGUCGGCAGAGGCAACGGCGCACGUCGUCUUCUCUUCACCAACGUUAAGUUGGGCCAACGGCACUCUCCGCUAGCUGCUGUGUCCGCACCCUGCCGCCCUGCAUGGGUAUCGGCGAAAGCAAACAGUAGCGUUCGCAUCAUGAGCUCACACGCCUCGCUUCAUGCUUUGAUUCCUUCUCCCCCAACGGCUACUUUGCACUGGUUUUGUAGUGUAGCAGGUAGGUACGUAGAACCGAUACAGUGAGUGAGAGAUGCCGUAGUCAAUGGCGAAUGAUCCUACUUGUGAUGCCGUAGACCAUGAAGCUCUGUUUGGGGUUCUCUGGAUACAGUCGAUGGAGAACAAGAACAACAACAAGUAGGUCGGAGAAGCAUUGAAUAGAUCUGUUAGACAAAUGGCACACUUUCGCAUUAAUGCUUGGUGAUUUAGGAGCGCAGCUGCAAGUCUUGCUGACUUUAUGAGCCCCUAGGAAAAGUGAGCAGGGCAUCAUCUCAAGUACAAGAAAUUAGUUGACAUUAAAGAUGAUCGAUUGAGCUGCCUUUUGCAGUGGUCAUCCUCCGUUCCUUCACCCUUUCCACUAAAGCGUUCAUGGCGAUGUUCAUGGGCAAGUCACAUGAGCCCUCGGCCAACAAGGUCAACAUGGUGGAAGAGGUGCUCAUCAUUGUGGGAGGAGCAACAGUGGCACUGCUGCAGCAACAACAACAAAGGCUCACCAAGCUGAUACUGCUGCUUCACCAAAAUCUACCACUAGCUGUGGUGGUGUGCAAUUACUGGAGCUUAUCUACUCCUCAAACAGGCACUGGCCCGGGAACAGUAGAAGAGCGAGAACAAAAUGGGGUGAAGGGGCAAUGUGAGGGGUCAAGGAAGUCAGAUAAAAAUGAUUGGCCACGAGCCAAGAUGCACAAAAAUGGGAGGACUUCCCCGCAAGCUUACAAGCCAUUGCUGUGCUACAGGUACGAAACCUCCCAUCUCCCACCACCUCCUCUCCCUUUCCAUAGGGAGCCCCAGCCAAGUUAAAAAUAGGGAUGAGAAGGGGGUGUAGGAACACAGUAGUGCUUCCUCUUAACCAUGAAGCCUCGGAUCUCAUUACCUCUUUUACUCCAUUUCUACCCAACCCAUUAAGUUGUUUGCCCCAGCUCUGUCCACUGUCACACUCCCCCCAGUAUUAGUCUUAUCUUGCUGUAGGAGCUGGAGUCUUUCUAUUUACUUCAUCUGUUUCCAUCUUUUUGCCUCGCAUAACUCUCAGCCUCCAUGGCUCUUUUGUUUGUGCCAUUCCUUGUGCUUCUCAUGCUGCGUUGGAGCAACGCCCAGCCUUCUCCUGGUUACUACCCGAGCUACAGGUUCAGGCCUCUGCGAGGCUUCUACCGGGGGUUCAACAAUCUUUGGGGUCCCGAGCACCAAACGGUCUCGGGAGACCAGUCUUCGGUCACGAUUUGGCUCGACAGGAACUCAGGAAGUGGAUUCAAAUCUAUUCGCCCAUUUCGUAAUGGGUAUUUUGGCACAUCAAUCAAGCUUCAACCUGGCUACACUGCAGGAGUGAUCACAGCUUUUUAUCUUUCGAACAACCAAGCGCAUCCUGGAUUCCACGAUGAGGUGGACAUCGAGUUCCUGGGAACUACGCCCGGGAAGCCAUACACACUGCAGACAAAUGUGUACGUGAGAGGAAGCGGCGACGGCAGGAUCAUCGGCAGGGAGGUGAAGUUCCACCUCUGGUUUGAUCCUACUGCUGGGUUUCACAACUACGCCAUCCUGUGGAACCCAAACGAGAUCAUCUUCUUCGUCGACGACAUACCGAUACGGCGGUACCCGAGGAAGAACGCCGGCGCGACGUUCCCGCUGCGGCCGAUGUGGCUGUACGGGUCGAUCUGGGACGCGUCGUCGUGGGCCACCGAGGACGGCAAGUACAAGGCGGACUACCGGUACCAGCCGUUCGUGGCGCGGUUCACCCGGUUCGUCGUCCGCGGGUGCACGGCGUUCGCGCCGCUGCUUUGUCAACCGGUGCCCUCCUCGUGGCACGGCGACGGGCUCAGCCGCCGCCAGUACGCGGCCAUGCAGUGGGCGCAGCGGUACUACCUUGUCUACAACUACUGCAAGGAUCCCAAGCGGGACCAUUCGCUGACGCCCGAGUGCUGGAGCUGAAGGAGCCACAGAACCAUGAAAGCAUUUCUGCAAACACCUUUAUUCCUUGUUGCUAGAUGCCAUAAGAGGCUACGUAUUCUACAAGACAGUGAUGUAAUAGUUUUUCCUGCCGCUACAUUCUACUAUAGUUAUGCUGAAGACAAUAAAAAGGGAAAAAAGGAGGGCAAAGGGCCAGAGAGAGAAGCAAAAGAGAAGGAGAAAAAGGCAAUGGGUUUGUAGUGCAGUAUAUAGUGUUAGAUUUGUCUUGCUCACUUGUCAUAUCUUCUGGAAUCAAUUACGUUGAGAGAGCA